UAAAUUUUGUUAGUAGUAGUAAUAAUAAUGAUGAUGAUGAUGAUGAUGAUAAGUGCCCGCUGCUCUCUGAUGGCCCUUUGUGUGUGUGUGUGUGUGUGUGUGUGUGUGUGUGUGUGUGUGUGUGUGUGAGCGCACGCGCGCCGCAGUGUAGAAGAACACCACACACACACUCUGCGUCAGGAUUAACGGUCCGGCUGUCGGAAGCCGCAUCCGUGGACAGUUCCUCCCGCGUGGGCAACACACACUUGUUGCUCGCACUUCUCCCUCCCGUCGUGCCGCGACGCUCGUGCGCGACGCGGCCGUGCCCGUGCCCGUGGACCGCGCGCCCGGCCGCCCCUCCGUGCACACGCUCACGCAGGACUCGCGCCUGUCCACAGCGACCCACAGCCGUGCGGAAAUGACACAGCGCGCGGGUGGCGUCACGUCACGUCACGCGAGAGGGCACGGGGGGGAAAAAACACGGCGGACACGAACACGGACGGCGCUCGCCCGCGCGAGCAUACACGAGGAACGCGGCCGCGGACAUGUCCCCAGCGCGCUGAGCCUGCGUGGGGAGCUGCCUCGGGCCGCCAGGGACAUGAGCUCAUCUGAAUGUGAGGAGAAGUCCAAUGGCGAGGUGCUGGAGAAGGAGAGGGGGUCCCUGCACUGUGUGAAGACCGAGAGGGAGAUGGAGGACUACGCAGGCAACAGCCUUGGCAAGAGGGGUUCCAUCACGAUGGCAGACGGCUUGAACGAUGAGCAGGACCAGCCCACUUCCACCAAGAGGGUCAAGGUCUCCGCAGAGGGGAUCCGGACGGGUGACAACUUGGAGAGAAGUCCUGAGCACUCUACCCGUUCCCGUUUAAGCAAUGUGAUGUCAGCUUUGGAGGACAAAGACACCCCUCAGGAGAAGACAAUAGCGUCGUACAGGAAGCCCCUGUACAGCAUCUCACACAGGAUCACAGAGAAGAAAGCCUCAUCAGGGAUGGAGCAGCAUUCCCAGCAUGACACGGGGGGCCGGUUGGGCUACAGCAGCCUAUUCUCCAAAUCUGGCAACGGGGAGCAGAGUCGUCGUGAGCCUGCAGCAACAACGUCAACAACGGAUAAUGACUCGCAUCUGUACCCCCUAAUCGAGAAGAUGUUUUUCAUUCUGAACACCCUCAAUUCCAGCAUGACACAGCUGCACAGCAAGGUGGAUUUGCUUUCUCUGGAAGUGACCCGCAUCAAGAGGCGGAUUAAUCCCUCGGAGCUGGUGACCGAAUUCCAGCCGCCACCCGAGUACCAGCUGACGAGCGAGGAGCUGCGGCUGCUGACGGAACAAACAUCCUCACCUGCAGAGCUGGGCUGCAGGCUGCUUGUCCAGCUGUUCCCUGAGCUUUUUGCGGCUGAGGAGUAUGGCAGCAACUGCACGGCCUGUGGUGUCACCUGCAAGAGAACUCUGGACUCUCUGCACUUGCAGCUGAUUCGCAACUAUGUGGAAUUCUGCUUCCCACUGGUCAAAAAUGGUAACAGCUGGCAGACUGAGUGUUUGCCCCAGAUUAAUGACUUCUUCAACCGCUUUUGGGCUCAGAAGGAUAUGGAAAGCGGAACUGUAGCAGGAAAGCGGGCUUCCACUGCGCUGGCAUCUGGGUUUGAUAUGAAUCAGAACCAGGCCUGCCACUACAUUGACAAGGAGGGACAGGAUGAGGGCCUAUCACUAGAGUCCACUGACAACAUGGGUAACAUUAAUAAAAAUGCAGCCUCGGACCCAGGAUUUCAAGCACAGGAGGCAGGUGAGGAGCUGGAUGACUUCUCCUCCCCUGGGGACUUUGCUGUUUUCCUAAUGCAUCGGCUUUUCCCAGAAAUUUUUGAGGAGGGAAAACUGCCUGAGGGUUAUAGUUGCUAUAAUGGAGCUGGGAAGCAAGUACUCGACUCUGACAGGCUGGAGAUUAUUCGAAAAUACAUGGAAACAAACUUCCCAGAAGUCCCAGAAGACACCUGGCUACAGCUGUGUGUCCAGCGAAUGGAGGAGGUGCUAGAGAGUACCCACAGCAAUGGCAGCGAAUCGGAAAUGGCUCGGGAGGAGAGCUAUGACUCUGCAAGCCUUACUGACGAUGUGUCGGUCGUCAAGAUUGGGGAUUUCUGUGACUAUGAAAAACCGGGUCGAAGGUCGAAGAAAAUGUGGCUGGUGCCCAUUGAUUUUGACAAACUUGAAAUCCCGCCCCCAGAUUUUGACGUGCCACAAGAAUAUCUACUUUCAAAAGAGCAGCUCAAGAGCAUCUAUGAGAGCAGCUUGUCAAUUGGGAACUUCGCCUCCCGGCUGUUGGUGUUGAUGUUCCCUGAGCUCUUCACUUACGAAAACACACGGAAACACUACAACUGUAGUGGUUCGUUGGGCAAGAAGCAACUAGACCCCGUCCGCAUCAAUCUGAUCCGCCACUACGUGCAACUGCUCUACCCUCGAGCAAAGAAUGACCGGGUAUGGACCCUUGAGUUUGUGGGCAAGCUGGACGAGCGAUGCCGCCGACGGGACACGGAGCAGCGCCGGUCCUACCAGCAGCACCGCAAGGUCUACGUUCCUGAGGCAGAACCCGAGUCCCAGGACCUGGCUCCGAUAUGCCAAACGAGUCAGCUCGGCCCUGAGCGCUUCAAAGAGGACUUUGAAGUACCCCCUCUACCCCCAGAAAAAAGCAGCAAGGACUUCUGUAAGAUCCCCCUGGAGGAGUUGGUUGUGCCUCCUCCAGAUUUCCCUGUGCCUUCUGUGUACUUGCUCUCCGACUCUGAGGUGCGAGAGAUCGUCCAGCAGAGCCUUUCUGUGGGCAACUUUGCAGCCCGCCUCCUGGUGCGCCUCUUCCCCGAGCUCUUCACACAGGAGAACCUCCGGCUGCAGUACAACCACUCGGGCGCUUGUAACAAGAAGCAGCUGGACCCGAUCCGCCUGCGCCUCAUCCGGCACUAUGUGGAGGCCGUGUACCCUGUGGAGAAGAUGGAGGAGGUGUGGCACUACGAGUGUGUCCCGAGCAUCGAUGAGCGCUGCCGCCGACCCAAUCGCAAGAAAUGUGACAUCUUAAAGAAGGCCAAGCGUUCCAACACCAUUUCCUACCUAUGAGACAUUUCUGUGAGCAGUAUUUAUCACAAACUUUAUCAUUUGCACAAGCAUAAGCUGAGGACUUAACCCUUAGUAUCCUAUUGAAUUAGGCUAGUUUAUAGGAUUUAAUUGGAUUUUCUUCAGUCCAGUGGUACAUAUUU